AGUUUGUGGGUAUGGGAAAAAAUCUGUUAGUGUUUCCUCAGGACCAAAAUCUAAACUGGAUCAGACCAUCUAUAGUCAACCAGCCAUUCUUGUGUGUUCUUUGGGUGCCAUUGAGAAACUAAAAGAAGAACAACCUAGUGCCAUUGAAAAUUGUAUGGCUGUUGCUGGUUACAGUAUUGGAGAAUUUGCUGCGCUUACAUUUGCUGGGUGUUUUUCUUUCGAACAAGCUGUUAGCUUAGUUAAAAUACGUGCUGAAGCCAUGCAUUAUGCGUCAGAAAUUGAACCAGGUGGAAUGGCAAACAUUUACAUAAAACCUGAUUCUAAAUUAAAUUAUGGUCUGAAAAUGGCCAGAGAUUGGUGUCUGGAUAAAGGAAUUGAAAAACCUGUUUGUUCUAUAUCAAACUAUUUGAAUCCUGAUUGUAAAGUAGUUGCUGGGCAUUUAGAAGCAUUAAAGUAUUUGGAAUCCAAUUUAAAACAAUAUAAUCUUAGAAAGAUGCAAAGGUUAAAUGUUUCUGGUGCGUUUCAUACAGACCUCAUGCGCCCUGCUGUUGAACCAUUUGCAGCUGCACUUUAUAAUAUAAAAAUAGCAGAACCUCUGAUAGCUGUCCACUCUAAUAUUGAUGGAAAACGCUAUCAGAACAGCGCUCAAGUGUUUAGAAAUUUACCCAAACAAAUAUACAAACCUGUGAAGUGGGAACAGACAUUACACAUACUGUAUGAACGUCCAGUGGGGUCAAAUUUCCCCGAUACCUUUGAAUGUGGACCUGGCUCAACCCUCAGAAGUUUAUUAAAAACAGUUAAUUCUAAAGCACAUUCUACGUGUAAGAAUAUUGAUAUUUAAUAUACAUAUUGAGAAGGUAGCUUUUAAUUAAAUAUGUAUUUGUAAUGCGACACCAGUUAAUUAUUCUCUCAAUAGCUAAUUCCUUCUACUGAGACUUAUAAAUUAUAAUCAAAUAAACUACAUCUGGUAUAUAUUAAGAUACAUAAUAACAUACAAUUGUAUAAUUUAAAAUACAAAUACCUUUGUAUCAGAAAUAAGUAAUUAUUAAACUUUUUGGCAUAAUUAUAAUUUAGCUCCCAAGAAAUUUUUAAAUAUUUAUAUUUAUUAAUUAUUCCUAUGUAGUUUUUGAUGAAACAAAUCGCCUGCCCCAACGAAAAAGGACGUAACUCACUUUUACGAUUUUUUUUUUUUCAAUGUGGUGUUACUGUUCUUCUGGUUGUCCGGCAACGCUGAUUGUUGUAUUUAAUCACACAAAGACGUUGUGAACAAUAAUAUUGAGUUACUACGAUCUUCGUCGGAAAUCCAGUAACACCAGUAAAACCACUUUGAAAAAAAAAAAAAAAAUAUCGCAAAAGUGAGUUACGUCCUUUUUCGUUGGGGCA